AUGGUUUCUGUUGCAUUACGCCUAACUAGUGAAAUCAAACAAAUUCGACCAAUGGUGAAAUGUCAUUCGGCCCAGCAGUGCGACAACAUUAUGCUCUACGCUGGGCCAAAAGAUUCAUGGAGACCAAGUCAUAGUGAUCCUCUCAGGCGUGAAACGGCUGCUGUGACGGAACUGAUUAUAGGGAAAGGUCGACAGUAGGGUGGAAAGAGGGGAAAGAAGGAUGCAGUUGAGGCUGGCGAGGAUUCCGGUGAAUAAAUGAAGAAGUAUGUCGCUGACGAGGUACAAGAUGGAUGAAAUUACGAGACAAAUUACUUUGAAAUAGAUUCCGCUGGAACUAUAGGAAUGCGAGACAUCUUUACCUUUGAAAGAUCCUGUCAAGAUUGUUGCUUCUGUGACGUUGCUCAUUAAUUUUUCUUCCACUACAAUCCGCGUCCCAUUGCAAAAUUUUGGCUGGUUGAUAUUUCGCAACAUGAUAAUUGGUAACACGAUAAUUGGCGUUCCGCAACAAGAUAAUUGGCAUCAUUAGAUCGUAAAUGCAUUUUUGCUCAAGCGUUAGCUUGGAAGUAUUUAAUUAAGUAUUUGACUUUACGGUAAAAGAUCACCCGUGUUGUAAUUUUGUUGAUGACACAGUUCAUAAUUGAAUAAAACAGCAG